UACAGAAUACUCUUUAGUGCCAUUUUCCCUGGAAAAUAAUAUUGGAAAAAAUGGAAAAUCCUUAGAUUUCUUAAAAAUUCUGCAUCAUUCGGUGCUGAGACGAAACUAUAAGGUAUGGGGAAUCGUUCCUCUACUGAGGUGACCGCCGGUGUAAAAGACCAAGCGGCAGGCGGGGACAAGUUUAAACUUUACAGUUUAGUAAACACAACAGGUGAAGGCAGUUUAGUGGAAAAUGCCAAAAUAUGUAUCCAGAAACAUGACUUUACAGAGCUGGAUGAGCUCAUUCGUACAGAAGUGGGCCCAUAUUUAUACAAUAAUGGACAAGGUAAGAUGAUCCCCAUCCAGGAACUUGUGAUCAGAAGGAACAAGGAGAGAGGGAACAAAAUAAAGGGUAGCAUAAAGGAAAAUAUGGAAACUACGGAUACUGACUCUGAUGACAUUGAGAAAAUGAAAAAUGGUCAAGAGAUGAAGUUUGUAUGUUGGGACUUGGAUAAAAGAGGUGCUGUUGGCGAACAAUGUCUCCACACAUGUAUCUUGGUUGCCUCGGCAACACAUACUGUUUUGGCCAAGCGCCUCUUAACCGUCUAUCCCAAGCUUAUAUAUGAUAUAUACACUAGCGAGGAAUAUUAUGGAGAGAAUGCGCUCCAUAUGGCAAUUGUAAAUGAAGACCCUGCAAUGUGCAAGUACUUGUUGGAUAAUGGAGCGGAUUAUCAUCAGAUUUGCUGCGGCAACUUCUUUUGUCCUGAUGACCAGAAGUCCUCUAGGGUUGAUAAUCUAGACCAUGAAUGGGUAGAUUUGUGUGUAAAGACAAAUUAUGAAGGAUAUACCUACUGGGGUGACUAUCCACUAGGAUUUGCAGCUUGUCUCGGCCAGGAAGAAUGUGUCCGUCUGUUAAUCGCAAAGGGGUCUGAUCCAAACAAACAGGACGCUAAUCUGAAUACGGUUUUACAUAUUUUGGUUGUGCAUGACAAGAAGAAUGACAGCCCUCUGGAAGACGAAACUAGACAUGAGAUUUUAGGGGAGAUGUUUGACCUUUUGCAUAGUCUUGGGGCAAAGAUGCACAUUAAAAACAGGCAAGGGUUAACCCCACUCACUCUUGCAGCAAAACUAGGACGUAAAGAGAUGUAUGAACACAUACUGGAGAUAGAACGUGAAGUAUAUUGGAUCUAUGGUGACGUGACGUGCGCUGCUUAUCCACUUGAGGAUAUCGAUACAAUAUCUGCCUCCGGGGAGAUUAAUAUGAAUUCUGCCAUGGCUCGUAUUGUUUAUGGGGAAGAACCAUCACAUCUGGAUAUGAUAGAUGGCAUUGUUGAGCAUCUGCUUCAAGAGAAGUGGAAAACAUUUGCACGAUACAGAUUCAUCCGCAGAUUUCUUAUGUUUGGAUUCUACUUCAUCAUCUUCACGUGUGCAUUCUUUUUACGUCCCGGCACGGACACCCAGCCGUCGUAUAAGAUGGUAAAUCAAACAGAUGAGAACGAUACUGUUACAACGCGUAAUGUCACAGUGAAAGACCCAUGUUACUUGCUUUUGAUUCGUUCCAAUGAUGAUUAUGCCCGCCUAGUCUUGGAGUGUAUGACUGUACUGGGAGCAAGUAUUUAUCUGUUUCUGGCCCUGAAGGAAGUUCACCACCAGGGGGUUAAGAUAUUCUUCAUGACUCUUCGGAGCGCCCCUGUAAAGACAAUGUUCUUGAUGGCAUGUAUAUUUGUCACAAUGAUGGUCCCAGGACGUGCCUUCUGCCAGUCGACCUAUGAAGACGUCAUGGGAGUAUUGGCGAUCCUGUGCACUGCACCAUAUUUUCUGUUCUUCUGCAGGGGUUUCAAGAUUGUUGGGCCAUUUGUUAUCAUGAUCUAUAAGAUGAUCCUGACAGACUUGCUGAGGUUCAUCACCAUCUACUGUGUCUUCCUCAUUGGAUUCUCACAGUCAAUGUAUAUCUUAUUCCGGGGAAAGGAUGGUACAGCUUUCAGUGCGCCAGAGGAGGCUAUCAUGGGAAUGUUUGUGAUGUCACUUGGAGAGUUUGGCGAUACAUACAGCACAUUCAGUCAUACUUGUCAUCCUGUUAUGACUAAGAUAAUAUUUGUUGUAUACAUGGUCCUGGUGACCCUUUUGCUGAUCAAUAUGUUGAUUGCCAUGAUGGGCAACACUUACCAACUCAUAUCAGAGACCAAGAAUGAAUAUCUUAGACAGUGGGCCAAGAUCAUUUUAGUUAUUGAACAGACUGUAACAACAGAGCAGAGGAUUCUCCAACAGAAGAAAUAUUCCCACCCUAUGGCUGAUGGGCGACGUGCGCUUGUCAUACGCUGGCACCAAACGGAGAAAGAGAAAGAAGAUCUGAAGAGACUUCGUAAAGAACAAAUUCAACAACAGAGGGCGCUGGUUGAGAAAAAACGUGAACUUAAUAAACCAAAUAGUCGCCCAGUUAGUCAUAAAAAUCAAAAGCUUGACUAAUAAGGAACCAUUAGUCAACUUAUCAGUCAUGAAUCAGCAAAGCCAUCAAAGGCUAACUCUUAAAUACAAGCAACCAAUAAUUGACUUUUAAGUCAAGAAUCUCAAAUGAUAUCAGUUGGCAAUUCAAGCUUGUAGUUGUGAAUCUUAAUGUCAGCUAAUACAAAUAGUCUUUAGUCCAUGUACAUAUCCCGAACAGAUUAAGUACAUGUAUAGGGGGUGCAAUUUAGCCCAUAUUUUGCCAAGCAUGCAUAAUUUCACACCAAAAUUCCCUGAUUGCAAGCUUAGGUCUUGUAUGAUAGAGCAUUUUGCAUAUCAUACUUCCCAACUGAGUUUGUUUAAAAUAUAUUGGAAAAAUGUGACCAAACAUUUUACUGAAAAGUGAUAAAUGUUAAUAACAGGGAAGUCAGUCAAUAUUCCCUACACAGUAUUGUUACCAUAGAUACCAUUACAUGUUUUCCAUGACUUGGUGUUUGUGGUUGCUAUGGUUUUAACCAUAGUGAAGUGAUCAUAACUAGACUUCCUUGAUUUGAACAUGACAUUUUAUCUGGGAAUUAAUUUAUUUAACUAUGAUAUGACUGACUUCAAAAACAUAAAACCCAUGAUUAAACAUUCCCAGAAUGUCCCAUGUACGCAGAGUGGAUUGAUAUACCUGAUAAAUUGAAACAUAAUUGUACCAACUUUAUUUUAGAACUUUAAGAAUAUUUUUAAACUUGUCAUGUUAUCUAGUCAGUAUGUCUUGCCUAUAACCGCAGCUGAAAAAAAUAGUUCAAGAUAUAUGUAGUAUAUUAUCGCAUUGAAAUGUAUUGCAAAUCAAGUACAGUAUACAUGUUGUAGUACUGUAGUACAGUGUUCA